AUGUCCGGUCAAAACGAGCAGUUUUAUCUCCGCUACUACUCAGGUCACUCUGGGCGGUUCGGUCAUGAGUUUCUAGAGUUCGAUUUUCGCACCCUCGGCGAUGGACGCAGCGCGGCCGUUCGAUAUGCGAACAACUCCAACUACCGCAAUGACUCCCUCAUCCGCAAAGAGAUGUGUGUGAGCUCAGCGAUGAUCCAGGAAGUCAAGCGCAUAAUCAAGAACAGUGAAAUCUUGAAGGAGGACGAUUCGAAGUGGCCGCAGAAGAACAAAGACGGACGACAAGAAUUGGAAAUCCGGCUAGGGAAUGAACAUAUCUCGUUCGAGACUGCGAAAAUCGGCUCUCUUGUGGAUGUGACGGAAUCGGCAGACCCGGAAGGUCUCCGAGUGUUCUACUACCUCGUACAGGAUCUGAAGGCGCUUAUCUUUUCUCUGAUAUCGCUCCAUUUCAAGAUCAAGCCGAUCUAA